CUCCAGCUGACCGCUAAACAACACACGUGGAGAGGAACAGCAAGCAAGGAAGGUGUAACAGCCCUCUAAAACACUGAGAAAGAGCAAGAACAAGAACAAGAGAAGGAAGGAGGGAGACAGGAAACUAAAAGCUGUACAGGAACUGACGGAAGAUAAAAAGAAACCACAAUAGUGAACCACAUGAGAACACUUGGUUGAAAGCUGGAGGCAAAGAGAGAAAUAAUUAAAGAAUACUAAGGAAGAAAGGCUAAGGAGACGAACCUGAGAAGUAACACAAAGCCUCUCAGUUCUAAAGCAAAUAAAGCUCCUCUUGCAGUAUGUCAGAGGGGGCACGGAGAGGUAAACCCAAGAAGAAAGAAAACUUCCUGCGAAAAGCUAAACGCCAUGGAAGGAAGGGCAACUUCGGCAGGGGUAGGAGCCUUUCCGAGGAGGAGUACAGUUACUACAUGAGAGUGUUUGAACAACUCAAUCAUCUGGAGGGAGAAGAGAAAGAAAUUCUUAUACGAAACUUCAUGCGUGAGUUGGAGCAAAAUGGUCAAGAGAGAAGCCUGGCAAGCAAUCAGAUAGUUUCUCGCAUCUUGGACAGUGCUCUUCCCCAUGCUGACAUCACACAAGUCUUGGCAAUGAGCCGCAUCUUUGGUGAAGACCUCCGACCACUUUGUGUGGAUCCCUACGCUUCUCAUAAUGUUCAAACGUUACUUACACUCUCACUCAAAUAUGUUCAGAAAGGUGCCGUACAAAAACGUCAUGAAGAAAAUGAAAAAGAAGAGGAAAAGGAAGUUUUAGUUCAUGUUUCUGAGGAACAAAGACAAGAGUUCUCCACUUUCCUUGAGAAGGUCGUAAGAUUUGUCUAUAAUAACCUAGAAGACUUUGUUAGUCACAUGUAUGCAAGUCAUGUGGUGAGGUCAGCACUUGAAGUCUGCUCCGGGAUUGAAGUUGAUCGCUCUGUAAGAAGCAGCCAGCGUUCGCAGAUGAGCCACGCACUCAACAGGGAAGACACCAAGACACUAACUGUUCCUCCUGAAAUCAAACAGCUGUUACCAGACUUUGCAGUGAGAUUUACAAGAUUACCAAAUCUCUUAGAUGUUUUGAGUAGUGAGUGUGGCUCAGCAGUACUUCAGUGUCUGUUAUCAGUACUGAAAUGUGGUGAACAAGACCUCUGUAGAACUGUCGUAGCCCAUCUCAUAGAGCAUGGGCUUCCAGGGAUUGAGAACUGGUACAAAGAGAAUAAUGAGGACUUUGAAACACCUGACCUGCCUCCCUUGUUCCUUGAUGGUCCGACUACACGCCUAUUGGAGGUUUUGUUGACGUGUUCCAGUAGUGAGCAGCAGAGACUUGUAUUUGAACAAUAUUUUAAGGGUAAAAUAAAGGUUCUUGUCCAACACGGAACAGCUAACUUUGCUGUUCAGCGACUUCUUUCAUCCUGGGUUGACAAGGAAACGUUUGAAGAAAUAUUUGAAGAGACAAGGGAAGCCUUGACUCCAGCAUUAAGUACCCAGCACUAUGGAGUUGUACAUGCCCUCACCCUGGCUUGCCAUAGACUGAACACCAAACAGGCUUCCUGCAUGAAGGCCUUGAUGGAUCUCAUGGAGUGCAGCGAGCCAGGCAAUAAUUCACAGGAAAUGUUUGCUUUACUCUUGCUUCGGAUGGUCCCUUAUUCAGAGUACCAGGCCAGGCAGGAGCAAGGCAAAGUCUCAUCUGUCAACCUCCAAGGGGCUCUUGCCCUACAAGAGCUCUUGUCCUUCAGCAAACCAAUCAAGGUAGUGAAUAGUCUGUUGGCAAUAACUCCUGCAGAGCUGGUGGUUGUAGGAUGUGACCCAAGAGGUUCCCAUGUGGUGGACGCCUUUGUCAACAGCACCAGUAUUAGCGCCAAGAACAAGGAAAAACUCAUUUACAGGUUCAAGAAAUGCUUCACUGACAUGGCCUGUUCCAAGCAUGGGUCAAGGGUCUUAGAGUCGCUGUGGAAGGUGGCAAGCAUCAAGGCCAAGACACAAAUAUGCGAUGAAUUGGUCACUGAUGAAUUCAAAUUGAAAGCUAAUCCUUUUGGCAAGAUUAUAUUCAAUAAAUUCCAGGUUGGCAUGUUUAAAAGAGGAGAUAAAUCAGACUGGCAAGAGCUGGUAGACAAGAUCGAGAAUAAAAGAAAAAUGUUUGCUGACCUGCUGAAUGAGGGUGAAGAAGUGUCAGUCGUAAAGGAAAAGAAGCAUAAAAAGGCAAAAACUGAAAAAAACUCUGAGGAUGACAUUUCUUAACAAGCAUCAACCAUUGACAUCAAACCGUCUUCUGUGUAAAGACGAUUCAAGAGUCAAUGCUUCUGGAAAGUGCAGAGAUGUGGCGGCCAAGGGCAUAGCCUCCCUCAUAGAAGAUGUGGGCACACAUUGCAUCCCCUUCCAUAGCUGCCUUUCCUAUCUUUGCUGUGAGACCUGCAUACUUGGACUUCUCAAAUAAUGAA